AACGAACCAUCAUGGUACUUAAAAGUACGCCUGUCCGUGUUCACAUCAUAUCGUAACUAACAACAAAAAUGGGAGUUCACGGUCUCUGGGAACUACUCUCCCCCGUCGGUCGUCGAGUCUCCGUCGAAACCCUCGCCGGAAAAACACUCGCCAUCGACGCGAGCAUUUGGAUGGUACAGUUUAUCAAAGCGAUGCGUGAUGAAAAAGGUGAAAUGGUUCGCAACGCUCAUUUGCUUGGAUUCUUCCGUCGCAUUUGUAAGCUAUUGUUUCUAAGGACUAAGCCUGUUUUCGUUUUUGACGGUGGAACCCCUGCUUUGAAGCGGCGUACUGUGAUUACUCGCCGGAGACAGCGCGAAAAUGCUCAGGCUAAAGUUCGCAAGACUGCCGAAAAAUUGCUUCUUAAUCAAGUAAAGGCAUUGAGGUUAAAGGAACUGGCUGAUGAUAUUAAGAACCAGAGACUGACCCAGAAGAGUGGCACAAAGUCUCAGAAAAAAUCUAAUAAGACGGACUUUGUUGGUAGUGAUUUAGGAAGAAGUCACACGAAAGAGCUAGAACAAAUGUCUGCAGCUAUACCUGUGGCUAAGGAGGACAAAAAUCUAUCGCAGACUAUAACAUCGACAAGUUGCAAUCAAGAGGAGCUUGAUGAAAUGCUGGCAGCAUCUAUAGCUGCAGAGGAAAAUGGAAUCCGGUCAAGAGAAGCAGUGGCAUCUAAUGUAAUCGAUUCUUCAGAUGCAGGCGAAGAGAUGAUACUGCCAUCAGACAAUGCAGAAGUUGAUUUAGCUGUUUUAGCUGCUUUGCCACACUCAAUGCAACGUGAUAUUCUUGCGCAGCUUAAAGGGAAGAAAGCAGAAGGACUAAAGAAGGAAGUUGACAACCAGAUAAGACAUGAGGUCAGUGAUUGUGGCAAGGGUAAAAGCACUAUUUUCCAUGAAACUGACAUGGUUGGGUGUAGCUCAAGAUGUGACGUCAAUGUGACAUCAAGUAGUGACAAUCAAAGCAGAAUUGAUGAAAUGUUAGCCGCAUGUAUUAAUAUGGAAGAAAAUGCAAAGUUAGUAAAAAAUGUAUCAAGUUCAAGUACUCUUGGGGAUUCCACCAAUAAGGAAAAGGAUAGUAACUAUGAUGAAGAUGAAGAUGAAGAGAUGAUACUGCCAGCUAUGCACAGUGAAGUUGAUCCAGCUGUUCUGGCCUCUCUGCCUCCAUCAAUGCAACUGGACCUACUUGUUCAGAUGAGAGAGCGAUUGAUGGCAGAGAACAGACAAAAGUAUCAGAAAGUCAAGAAGGAUCCUUCAAAGUUCUCUGAGCUACAAAUACAAGCUUACCUUAAAACUGUUGCUUUCCGUCGCGAGAUAAACGAAGUGCAGAAAGCUGCUGUCGGAGGAGGAAUAGGUGGUGUACAGACUUCACGGAUUGCAUCUGAAGCCAACCGAGAGUAUAUUUUCUCGUCAUCCUUCUCCGGUGACAAACAAGAACUUACUUCCACCAGAUCAGAGAGAAAUGUCGAAGAUACACAGCAAAUAGAACAAAGAACACAUCCUUCACAAAAUUUUGUAAAUAACAUAGCAGCAGGAAAUGUUUCUAAUACUUCAGCUGGAUUGGUUUGCAAUGAAUCAAACGAGCCUGUUGAUGAAAGUAUUCAGACAUUUCUAGAUGAGAGGGGUCGAUUUCGAUUGAGUAGAUCAAGAGCUAUGGGGAUGCGUAUGACCCGCGAUAUACAAAGGAAUUUGGAUUUGAUGAAGGAGAUUGAGCAUGACAGAACAUGUGUGAACGAGGUUGAUAACAUUGAAAAAGUGCUGAAUACUGAAAAUAGUCCAUUAGAAUGUUCUGGGAAUCAGGUUAGUGAUAAAGCACAAGAGGUGAAUUUUGACUUAGUUGGAGAGAAUGUGCAAAAUGAGAAAUUAAUGCUUGGCAAGGAUACUUCUAUAGAGAUAUCCUUUGAAUAUGAUUGCAAGAAUGAAUUUGCAAAUGGUGGAGAUGAUAUAUUUUCCACUUUAGUAGGAGGAAUAUCUAUGGAUCACUCUCAUGCUGAUGAUACUGUGGUGAAAGUGCAACCUUCUGGUUCUGAUUCAGAUUGUGAUUGGGAAGAAGGAACUGUUCAGGGUGAGAAUACCAUUUUUCCUGGAUAUAAUAAAGUGGAAUUGAAGUCUUCUGUUGCAGGUGGUGAUGAUGAUGAUAAUAAUAAUAAUGAAAGUGAAGAAGAAUGGGAAGAAGGGGAUUGUAAUGCUACUAAAAGCACCUUACUGAGUCCAGCUGAGUCGGAAAAGUUGGUAUCAAAAGGGCAACUGGAAGAGGAGUCUGAUUUGCAGGAGGCAAUUAGGAGAAGUCUUGAGAGUACACAGGAUGGGAACCAUAAAUCCGUGUCAUCUUUAGACAAGCAUUCGAGUGCUUAUGAGAAUAAGCUGGAUCCUAAUUUAGAACAUGGUGAUAACGUUGGUUUUGGCCCAAACCCAGUGGAUUUAAAUGAUAAUAAGGAAGGUUCCAAUUUUCCUAGGGAAGGCCAUACCAAACAAAAUGAAUUACAUGAAACUGUAGGAAACAAAAAGGAAAAUCAUGUGACUAAAAAUAACCCGGAAACUUUCCAUUUCCAUGGAAGUCCGUCAAAGUCAUUUGUGACAAUUAAUUCCAAUAACACAGAUACAUUGAUUAACGAACCUAGCAAACUGGCCGGACACGAUAUUACUGAAAAUUCAAUUUCAGCUGCAACUGUCAUGGUGAUGGGUGAAAUUCCUAAUCCUAUUGUUGCAGAGGAGUUAUUGGAUAAUCAUAAUGAUGGUAAAGCAUCUUUCGGUAGUAACAAUUUGUCCAAGGUUGGUGUGACUGAAGGAAAGAAAAAUAAAUAUAUUAAUGAAUCUGAACCAUUGAGUAAUUCUACCGACAAUACCAAUACUGCUAUUCUUUCUGUGGAGUCAUCCUUAAAAGGAGCUAAAAAAGGCCUUGAUAUGGAGCUAAAAUUGCCUUCAGUUAACAAUGAUGGAAAUUUGUCUAUGGAAAGGAGUAGUAACCUCUCCCAAGACUCAAUGAACGCCCCAGGAGAUUUUCCUGUACAAUGGGAUGAGGUUCGAUUGAAUGAAGAAAUGAAAAUUCUUGAUCGGGAAUAUAUCAGCCUAGAAAAUGAGCAGAGGAAGUUUGAGCGUAAUGCAGAAUCCGUUCAUGGUGAAUUAUUCACUGAAUGUCAGGAACUACUUCAAAUGUUUGGCUUGCCAUAUAUUAUUGCUCCUAUGGAAGCUGAGGCACAGUGUGCUUACUUGGAACUCUCAAAACAGGUUGAUGGUGUUGUGACUGAUGACUCUGAUGUCCUUUUAUUUGGGGCACGCAGUGUUUACAAGAAUAUAUUUGAUGACCGCAAAUACGUAGAGGCAUACUUAUUGGAGGACAUUGAAAAGGAGCUUGGAUUGACCAGGGAAAAAUUAAUUCGCAUGGCACUACUUCUUGGGAGUGACUAUACUGAAGGUGUAAGCGGGAUUGGCAUUGUUAAUGCUAUUGAGGUUAUAAAUGCAUUCCCGGAGGAAGAUGGCUUCCUGAAAUUCCGGCAGUGGGUAGAGUCACCAGAUGCCACCAUCCUUGGAAAGUUGGAUGCAAAAAAUGUAUCUAAGAAAGGGUCAAAACUUGAAGAAAAGGAGUCUCCUGAUUCCAUCGACAAAGGAAAGCAAAUUUUCAUGGAUAAGCAUAGAAAAGUUAGCAAGAAUUGGCAUAUUCCUUCUUCUUUUCCAAGUGAAACAGUUAUAUCUGCUUACUUAUCUCCACAAGUUGACAAGUCAACUGAGCCUUUCACAUGGGGAAAGCCAGAUCAGCUUGUUCUUCGCAAAAUGUGCUGGGAGAAAUUUGGGUGGUCUAGCCAGAAAGCAGAUGAAUUGCUAUUACCUGUUUUAAAGCAAUACAACAAACGUGAGACUCAAUUGCGGUUGGAGGCCUUUUACAGUUUCAAUGAAAGAUUUGCAAAAAUUCGUAGCAAGAGAGUGAAGAAAGCAGUAAAAGGAAUUACUGGUAAGCAGCCUUCAGAUUUAAUUGAUGAUUCUGCAGAGAACAUGUCCAAGGGUAUGAAUGAUGGUAGAGGAAGUUCUGUUGACCCUGAGGAUGACAAAUUGGAGACUUCGAAGGGAACGGAGGAAAGUUUUGCAGGUAGGAAGAAAUCAAAAACAAAAGAGUCGACAAAAAGGAAAAAUGACAGGGAUACGGUUGCUAAAAAACAUACAAAGAAAAAGAAAAUCAAUGAUGCUUCUUCUUCUGCACCUGCUGCAUCCGAGGUUGAGAAUUUACAGCCAUGUAAGGGAUUGACUCGGAAUAAAAGUGGCAGUGGGCGUGGAAGAGGUAAAGGUGUAGGAGUAAAAAGAGGCAGGGAGAAGAGAACUCGUUUUCAAUCAUCUGAAACUGAAACAUCAUCUGGCAGUAGUGAUAUUGAAAUUCAUGAGUCAAGAGUGCAAGUUGAUGCGUCAACAGUUCCAGAGGUUGUGCGAAGGUCAAAGCGAUCUCGGAAACCUGCCAACUAUUCUUUCGAGGACCUUGAAGUUGAGGAUGCAGUUGAUUCAUCUGAAAAGGUAGUAAAAGAAAAACCAUCUUGCAUGGAUGAUGCACAUGUAGAUGGUUUCAGCAGAGGGAAUGAAAGUGGUACGAUAGAAAUUCCUCUGAAGGAUAACUUGCCCACAGACUAUCUGGAGCCAGAAACAGAUGCUGGUGCAGCAACACCAAUGACUCACCCUUCAGAUGACUAUCUUGGAAUGGGAGGAGGAUUCUGUGUAGACGACAGUGAGAUGGAUAACAACCAUGAUGCAAUUGAUGACAUGAACACGGCUACUGCAAACUCUCCACCCUGUUCUGAAUUUUUAGGUGAAACUGACCGUGAUAAAAGUAGUCCUGAUAUAUUUUCCAGUGCUGAAAAGGUUACAAGUGAGAUACAAGAUGGAGGGACAUCUAAAAUAUUCAACAAAGUGCCAAAUGACCAGGUUCUAAAUGCUGAUAUAGGGGUCUUGAUACCAGAGAAUGCUCAUCACAAUAGUGAGAGCUCCAAGGUAGCUUUUAGCGCUAUGCCGUUUUUGAGGAAAAAAAGGAAGAAAUGAAACAUUCCUAACUCUGAAUGUCUCAAUUCAUCCAUCACUGUACAUUGUUAUAUAAUUAUUUUAUCUUCUUCCUUUUGAUCAUGUAAAGAGAUGAUGGCUGUACUGACAUGGUGGUUUUUCCAAUUGGGAUGUUCUGACUUCUGACCAUGUGUUUCCUGUAGGUUGUAUAAUUAUUUUACCAUCCAACCCCUUUAAUUUUUGUUUGGUUGGUUGUUUGAAAGUGAAAAUUGAUGUGCCCCAAGUUAGACUCUGUACAUAGGAUGAUUCACUCGAGUGAAAAAAUAUUCAAAUUUGUA